AACAGUUCUCGUGGUCAGCGACUCGCCUCCUCCUCCUCGGACGACCACCAGUCUCUGGUCCCCUACUGCUUCAGGAACAGCGUCACGAGUCCAGAGCAGCUACACUACUCUAUCGGCAAGACCAUCGGCUCUGGGACCUACGCCAAAGUCAAGGCAGCGUGGAGUCCAUACGAGCGGAAAAUGAUCGCCAUCAAGAUACUGGAGAAACGAGGAGCCUCACAGGAAGUUCUGGACAAGUUCCUGCCUCGAGAGAUGGCCGUCGUCCGUCGUCUGAACCACCCGAGCAUCCUCCGAGUCUUCCACGUGGUGGAGACUCCGCGAGAGGUCUACUUCAUGCUGGAAAUGGCCGAGAACGGCGACCUCCUGGACUACAUCAACUGGCGCAGGUUCCUCCCCGAGCCCGAGGCCCGCUACGUCCUCCGUGGAGUGGCUGCCGGCGUGUCUCACUGCCACAGCAAGAACAUCGUGCACAGAGACCUCAAGUGUGAGAACAUCAUGAUCACCAGAGAAAUGAGAGUCAAGAUCGGAGAUUUUGGGUUUUCUCGACUGGUAGGAAGAGGAGAGAGUCCAGUCACCACUCCUUGUGGCUCCUACUCUUAUGCUGCACCAGAACUGCUCUCUUCAAGACCUGGAGAUACCUACGACGGCAAGAAAAGUGACAUUUGGAGCAUAAACUCUACAACCAAGCAUCGUUUUGGAGCUUGUAAGUUAUUGAGCAUUGUAGCUAUAUAACAUCUCAGAAGUCUGUUUGGACAAUGGGCUGUAUUCUGUUUGCCAUGGUGUGUGGCUCUCUUCCGUAUGGUGACGACACUCGAGUUGUGCAGAUGAUUCAAAAGCCACUCCACUUCCCAAAACCCCUCACUACAGAGUGCAAGCAUCUGCUGAGAUCAGGAAUGCUCAACACAGACAGUGAGAGGCGAUACGACAUCACAGAGCUCCGUCUCUCUCUCUGGAUGAGGGCACCAGCCGUACCCCUCACUCCCUACUCCACCACCAAGAUAUCAGCAGAG